UCAUUUCAUUCUACAUUUUGGUACAGAAAAAAAAAAUAAUCGUUCUAUAAACAAAAUAUAUAUAUUAAUCAGUUCGAACACAAAUAUAUAUAAAUAUAUAUAUAUACAAAAAUUUGGUAGACAUAGGCAAAUCAGAUAAUUGCAUCGAGGAGAACAUGAUGAGCUUCACCUACAAGGACCUGAUCGACGUGGCCAUCGGCUCGCCGGAGUCGGGCCACGUGAACUUCUAUGCGCUGCACGUGCUGCUCUCCAACUUCGCACAGAAACUGGAGCUGCUGGACGAGACGGUGGAGCAGGACGACUACCUGCUGGCCAAUAUGCGAUUUCAGAGCAGCCUGAUCGGCAAAUCGUCCAGGUAUCGUCUACAUGCUGGCGAAGAUGAGGAUCCCGCCACUGAGGCGCCGUCGGAGCCUGCUCCAGCCGAAGCAGCUGCGCCACCAGAGGAGGCGCCAGCAGAGGCCGCGCCUGCGCCUGCGCCAGCAGAGGCGCCUGCAGCGGAGGCGCCUGCAGCAGAGCCGCCUGCCGAGGAAGCCGCCGCGGAGCCUGCACAGCCGGCAGAGCAGUCGGCGGCCGCACCCACUCCGGCACCCGAGCCUGCAGCCCCUGCGCCAGAGGAGGCGGCGCCGCAGGAUCAGGAACCGGUUACAGCACCGUCGCCAGGCUUGGCAUCGCGCAACUCGUCGCGCACCUCGAGGGCGGACAGGACGCAGCCACGUGCCGAGGGCUCGGUGAUCGGCUCGCUGGCCAAGCUGGAGCGCCGCCUCUCCAAGAUGGAACUGCAGAAGGAGCAGAACGAUAUUGAGUUCCAGAACUUCGCGGGUAUCCUGUCGGGCCAGCUUAAGCUAACCAUGGAGCAGCUCAACAACAUGACCCAUCUAAUGCUCGAUCGCAAGCCCAAUCCAAAUCGGAUGAAGCUGCUCCGGAACAUAGCGCGCCAGCUGCGCGUCCUGAUGCGCGCGAACGACGAUGAGGUGUCCAUCAGCUGGAGCAGCGACGAGCCGGGAGUCGAGGCCGAGGAGGAAAUGGCUGAGGAGGAGGAGGAGGCAGCCGUGGAGGAGUCCAGCGCCCCCACCGAGCUGGCCAAAAUGGAGGAGGAAGUGGAGCUCGACCAGCACCUCUGCUAUGCGCCCGAACGAAUGCUCAAUGAGCUGAUCGAGCUCAAGACCGAGUUCUGCUCCCUCACCAACAAGGUGAACGAACUGGCCGCCGAGCUGAUGAAGCAGGACGCCAAGCGGCUGAUGGAAAUGAUGCAGGAGAUGCAGAUUACUGUGCGAGAGAUCAAGCUGUCGGCGAGCAGCAACCAGGAGGCCAAUCAGGGCAUGCUCACCAAGCUCACUGCGGCCACGAAUCAGAUACAAACACUCAAGAACUCGGUGGCUCACCUGGAUGAGAUCAAGAUCGACAAGGCCGACGUGGAGCUGCUGCUGGCCGAGAAGGUCGACUUCCCGCAGCUGGCCACGAAGGUCUCGCUAGAGCAGCUGGAGGACUACAAGGAGCGACUGGAGAAGCAGUUCUGCGAGGUGCGCUACGUCAUUAACGCGAACGAGAAGAAUGUGCUGCAGAUCAUCGACGGCUUGCGCAUGACCCUGGGCGUGGACGCGCUGGAGCUCAGUCUCAAGGACUUCCGCGAGCUCAUCGAGAAGCGCGUCGCCCUCAUCGCCGAGGCGCUGCACAAGUACAUGGAGAUGACCAACGACGAGUGCGCCGCUGCGGCUGGCCGGGUCAAGGUGAUGCAGGAGCUCGCCUGCCUCUCCUGCGACACGCCCUGCGUGAUGCGCACCGUGGAGCGCUCCAAGCUGCCCCGGCCCGCCUCGGCCAAGGCCACCAACAGCAUUGGCCCCAUCGUCACCUACGAGCUGGGACAGAUCCGCAAGUCCGGCAUCAUGGGCUACUACCGCAAGGACGAGUUCCCGCAUGCCACCAAUGCCUGGACGAACUCAGUGCCGGUCAACAAGUGCGUGCCGCGCCACGCCGGUGGAAUGCACACCAUCCACACCGCCGACGAGCACAUGCAGAAGGUGGUGCUCUCCAAGCGGAACACGGGCUGGGCCUAGCCGUCCGCCUACUUUUCCGAG